GUCCCUCUGAGUUUCCGUACAUUACGAAAGCUAAGGUUAGUUAGCUCAACAGACUAAUUUCUUGUGUUGGUGUUGUGACAUUGAGGUAAAGCGCGACAGUCUGCGUUGGCUUCUGGGUAAAAUAAUUGAAGGGUCCUCAUCAUGGUGUCAGGAAAGCGUCUGGCAGACAUUGGCUAUCGGGCUUUUUCUGGGUCGAUGAUGCUGCUGACACUGUACGGAGGUUACCUGUGUGCAAUGCGAGGAUACCGGUACAUGGAGAAGCAAAAACAGCUGAAACUGGCAGCAGAGAACCAGGAUUCUGAAGUCAUCAAAGACUGAUAUCGAGUGGACUCCUUUCUUACUUUCUUUUUGUAAAGAUGUGGACAUUUCUCAAUUCUCCUGUAUUUGUCCAUUAAAGAUCUCUGCUUAUAAAACUUCACUAAGCAAAUGAAGAUAUUUGCAUUAGUUGUUUGUGUCAUUCAAAGACAUUGUUUCAGGAGUGAACAUGACUGUAAAUGUUUAUAUUAUGUUAUAUUAAAAUGCCUUCAACCAUAA